AAUAAACAUAAAUAAUGGAUGUAUUGAAUGAACCUAUUCGACAAGAAUCUAUGAUAUUAUGUUGUAUUUGCGGUAUUAAUAUUGAACCAAAUCCAGCAAAUAUGUGUGUGGCAUGUUUAAGAACUCAAGUUGAUGUUACUGAAAACAUUCCAAAACAAGCAACAAUCCAUUUUUGUAAAGGCUGUGAAAGAUAUUUACAACCACCUGGUGAAUGGAUUCAUGCAGCAUUAGAAUCUAGGGAGUUACUUACAUUGUGUUUAAAAAAAUUAAAAAGCUUAAAUCGAGUGAAAUUAAUUGAUGCUGGAUUUGUAUGGACAGAACCUCAUUCUAUGAGAUUGAAGGUAAAACUAACAGUACAAGCUGAAGUUAUGAGUGGUGCAAUCUUGCAACAAAUAUUUGUAGUUGAAUAUACCGUGAAUCAUCAAAUGUGUAAUGAUUGUCACCGAAUAGAAGCAAAAGAUUAUUGGCGUGCUUUGGUACAAGUGCGACAGAAAGCGACAAAUAAAAAGACAUUUUAUUAUUUAGAGCAAUUAAUUUUGAAAUAUAAGGCACAUGAACAAACUUUGGGCAUAAAACCUAUUCAUGAGGGUUUAGAUUUCUUUUUUGCAAAUGAAGCAACCGCACGCAAAUUGGUCGAUUUCCUUUCAAGUGUUAUACCAUGUCGUUAUGAUCAUUCUAAAAAACUAAUAUCACAUGAUAUUCAUAGUAAUAUCUACAAUUAUAAAUUUACAUACAGUGUGGAAAUAGUUCCAAUAUCAAAGGAUAGUGUAGUAUGUCUUUCAAGAAAACUGAGUCAUCAACUUGGUGGAAUAAAUCCAAUUUGUUUGGUACAUAAAAUUACAAAUCAUAUACAUCUAAUAGAUGUAUCGACUGGGCAAAUUGCAGAAUUAAAUGCUACACUUUUCUGGAGACAUGCUUUUAAUAGUAUUUGUAAUCCAAAACAAUUAAUAGAAUACAUAGUAAUGGAUAUUGAGCAAAUUAAAUUUAAGGACAGAAAAUUUUUUCCUGGACAAGGAACUAUUUCAAAUAAACAUGGAAUAGCAGAUGUAUGGGUAGUUAGAAGUUGUGAUUUAGGAAUAAAUGAUAACUUGAUUCAUACACGUACUCAUCUUGGUCAUCUCUUAAAACCUGGUGAUACUGUUUUAGGGUAUGCUCUUAAUGAAAGUAACAUUAACGACGAGAAUUUUGACAUGCUGAAUAAAGACCUAGUACCAGAUAUAAUUCUAACAAAGAAGGUUUAUACAUAUGAUAGAGUAGCACGUCGUCGGAUGAGAGCUUGGAAAUUAAAACAUAUGUUACAAGAUAAUGACAGUAUGACUGCAGAUAAUAAUGACUAUUUUGAGUUUUUGGAAGAUAUUGAAGAAGAUCCAGAAAUGAGACAAAAUAUAAAUAUUUUCAGAGAUCAUAAGAAACCAAUUCCAGUAGAUACUAACGAAUUACCUGAUUCUAGUUGUCCACAAGUCACUUUGGAGGAAAUGCUUAACGAUCUUGCUAUUGAUGAUAUUGAACUACCUUAUAUUUUGUAA